GUGACAGUUCAGUCAAAUGUAAACAAAAGCAAAGUUUUUGUGACUUUUUCUGAUGAAAUACUUGUCGAUGCGUUAAGUCAUCCGAUUUGGUCCCAUAUAUCUUGCGGCCAUUUGUUGAUCACUGACACAAACACUCUCUGAAACUGUUCCCCAAAAAAAAGUCUUGUAUUUUAUGUUAAGUUUCGGACAUUUAUUGAACGCUUACUUGAUUUCAAGCGCUUUAUUGUCGUCCACCACAAGACAUCUGAUCCGUCACAAGACAAUCGGCUCCAGAGGUAUGUCUUCAGCGGAGGGCUCGUCGUCUUACAUCCCAUACAGACUUCGACGCAGACACAGGUCGGGGACAGACUUCUCGAUGGCAUACGUGUCGGCGCCUAACGAUGAGGUCGCCAAAGAUAUCGCGAACAAAUUGGUGUCCAAACGGCUGUCCGCGUGUGUGAACAUAGUUCCCGGCAUUACAUCCAUAUAUCGAUGGAAAGGCAGCGUUGAGACGGAAUCGGAGGUAUUGAUGAUCAUUAAGACGAGAACCGAUCGCAUCCCAGACGUGACCCGAGAGGUGAAGGCCAGCCAUCCGUACGAAGUGUUUGAAUUGGUUUCAGUGCCCAUACAGACAGGAAAUCCUGAUUACUUGAAGUGGUUGUCGGAAUCGGUGGACAGGAAGCCGAUUAUCGCAGAUGAAGAUGUGGCGCCGAUUGUCAUUACGACUGUCAUUACGGCGGGCAUUGUUAUAUGUGUCGGCAUUUAUACUCUAUUCACACGAUAAGUGUUGCAUUCAAUUGAUAUUCAAUUUUGUGUUUUUUGAAUCAAAUAAAUGUUUUGAUCAUUAAAUGGUUUAUAC